AUGACCGACGAAAGAAGCAGACGCUAUAAAGAAAAACUUGACAAAGAAUCUGCAGAAUUCACAGCACUAUACUCAAUUCUCAAAAAAAUGGUAAAAUCAGAAGAAAACAUCAUCCACGCCCGAGGAGCUUUUCGCAAGAAAUGGCUUGAGGUCGGAUCUUUAGAAACCCAUAGGUCAUUAUCAAUGUCUUUUAACUGCUAUGCCACUUCGCUAGACGGGAUCGACAGAGCCCACCGAGACAGCGUAAUUCAUUUGAAAACUGUCGUCCAAGAAGCCUUAAAAGCUUAUCCAGUAAAAAUCAAAGACCAAAGGCGCUCUUUAUCUGUAAAAGAAAGAGCUGACAAAGAAAUGAUGCAAAGCGUCAAAACUUUAAAUAAAAUCCAAGAAAGGCCUGACUCAAGGGAUAUCAAGCCAGAAGAAAUCCAUAGGGCGUCGACAAAUGUUUUGGAUAAAGAUAAAGCUGUCCAAGAUGCAAAUUUAAAGCUGGAAAAAAGUAUUAGGGAGAAUGAAAAAGCCCAUGUGACGGAUUUGAAAUAUAUGCUCUCACAUUUGAUUAAUGCAGAAAUGCAUUAUCAUGCAGCUGUUAUUAAUUGUUUUUCGGAAGCUGUAAGAGAAAUAUCGAGAAUUGAUCCUGAUAAAGAAUAG